GUUAAAAAUCCAUGGUUCCAUCUUUAGACCCCGCGGCCACCGGCGUAGAGAAUCGGAGUUGGAACUUGGAAGAAGAUUGAUUGGCGAUCAUCACUGCAAAUUCCGAACACUGCUAAUGGAAAUGGAGCUCUAGUUUCUUCACUCAGCUGCUGGAUCUCGCCUCUGCAGACUGCAACACGAUGCGAGCUCUUCUUCUGCGCAAGGCCUUCUCUCGGGCUCUCUCUCCCCCUUCAUCUGCAAUUGCUUCAUCCUUCAGAUCAACGGAAUUCCCCUCCUCCGCCGACGGCCGUUGUCACUUGCUUGGUUCUCUAUGGUCCCUCAUUCAACACCGUGGAUUCAAAGUGCAUGGUUCCGAUGUGAGAGUGGGGAACAUAAUUGAACGGAAAGAACGUAUUUUCCAGGUUACAAGAGUUGAUCAUUCACAUGAAGGAAGAGGAAAGGCCACGAUCAAGGUUGAACUUCGUGACGUUGAGAGUGGAAACAAAGUAACUCAACGAUUGGCUACAGAUGAAUCUGUUGACAGGGUUUUUGUACAGGAGAAAGCAUAUAUAUUUAUGUGUAGAGAUCGGGAUGCCAAAGUAUUAUUAAUGGACCCUGAUACAUAUGAGCAACUGGAAGUCCCCGAGGAAUUGUUUGGCAAGGCUGCCAUGUAUUUACAAGAUGACAUGAAAGUUAUGGUACAACUUUUCAAUGACACUCCCUUAUCUGCAUCGGUUCCAAAACGAGUGACGUGUGUUGUGAAGGAAGCACAGCCACCCAUGAAGGGAAUCGCGGCUACUCCCAAGGAAAAGAAAGCAGUGCUGGACAAUGGCAUGACAAUAAAAGUAAGUAAGGUACCACCACACGUUGUUAUUGGAGAUGUUGUAGUUAUUAAUACAGAGGAUGACUCUUAUAUCGAGAGGGCAAAGGCAUAGUCAUAUGAUUCCAUGAGAAGGAUGGAUAGGUCGUCCUUGAAUGUGGUUGUUGAGGAAUUUGCUUAUUUAUUAUUUGAAAUGUUUCUAUUGUUUCAUACAAUGAGAUAUGCAAUGUUGAUUUAGAUUAUGAGAAAUAUCAAAAUAAUGGAGAUAUCGUCGAGAUUUGUAUUAUC